UUCCACUUUAAGGGCCAUAACAAAACAUUCAUUCGAAAAUAGUACACAAAAUUCAACAACAAAAAUAGCUCAAAUUUUCUGAAAAUGCCUAACGUUGUGGAUGAGAAUGGCCAACCCCUGGCAACAAUUGUGGAAAUAGCCGACGAAUUGGAGAGAACUCAUCUGACACGCUCACAACAAGUGCUGCAGAGCCUGGAGCACAUUCGAGAGCCGGAGGACGAGAUGGGGCAGACCGAACGGAGGAGCUUGAGCCGUAGAUACGACUCGGGGGUAUAGAAGAGCUCCCGCUCCUUGGGCCACAUACGUCACAGCACAACUAACCUGCCCAUAACCAGCGACACCUGCCAAGGUGUUUGGCUGACAAUUAAGGGGACAACUUUCCACAUUCCCAUCCACAAUGCUCGAGCAAAGCAAACAAAGCAAUCGACCAGAGCCACACGCGAACUGAACUGAACUGAAGAACUGAAAGGUUCGGGGUCGGGUCUUAAAACACAAACAAAUUGUGACAAAGUUGCGGAAAUUUAAUUAAAAUCAAAUACUCGUACAACUAAAA